UGAAUGCUUACUGACUAACUUUCGCCUUUUAAUUUUCACCAUCUUAAACGUGUAACUUAUAAUGUGUAAUCUAACCGAAUAACUUUCAAUUCCAAAAGAGACUAUAACGUGUACGUCUCCAGCUUACCGUAUCUACGUAUUUUCGAGACAUUAAUAUUUCGCCGCAUGUUAGAUUGCAAACAAUCUUGAACAGAGGUGCUACUCUUCAUGUUAACGUGUCUGCCUAAGUUGUUGCAAUAUAGAAGCUCCGCGACUGUCCGCCAAAUCCUUCAUAUGGAUAAGUAACCACUGUAUCAGUUCGUAGAUAUUACUUUGCAACCUAUCCUGAUCGCGCGCACAGUUUACGUUCAGAGUUGUGCGUGAGAAGAGUCUAGCGACAGCAACUACCUUCCUGCAACUGCGGCACCGCUUACGCUCGUUCCGGGGCCGGCUGCCGCAUCGCUCACGCUCGUUCCGGGGCCGGCGGCACGAUCAUAUAUGUCAUCUGAAACUUAUAUUCGUCAAAUAUGGCCUCGUGGCUGAGCGCUUAGCAGUGCUACCAUCUAAUCGUAAGGUUGCCGGUUCGAAUCCCGGCAGGUGCGAAUUUUUUUUGUACUUGUAAAAAUAAAUACGAGCACGUAUAUUUUCAAAAGUAAUAAAUAUAUUUGAAUAAUGAAUGCAAAUAAAAGUAAAUUUAUUAAUUAAAUUGUAAUUUUCAGAUAAGGACAUGAUAACUAAUGGUCAAUUAGGUUAGGUUAGCUACAUUAUAAAUACUUUAAAACUUUGUGGACGGUUGAUUUGGUUAGGAUAGUUACAUUAAAGAUACUUGGAAAUCAAACAUCCAGGGGGUAGGCGCUCCCGAUCGGCCAACUUCGGAGAGGAUCGGCAUUUGCUGCCAGUUGCAGGACGGUAGCAUUGCUGUCGCUAGACUCUUGUAUACGCGUGUCGCAGCGGUCAGACAACGGACGCGGCCAGUACCGGGACCAAUAAGUGUAUCGAUACUGAAUAAAGUGCAGUGUCCUGUUAAUUCGUUUACCAGUUAUUUACAAGGCGUCCUGGGUGGCCUGAACAGCCCAGGUAGGUUCCGAACCACGACGCGCUCCACGAGGCCGAACCCCCGUUAAAACCCCUGAGAUCUUUUCCAACGCUAAUAUUUAAUUAAAAACUUAAACAGGCAGCGGGAGUGGCGUCAAUACUUUAUCCAGACUAUCAUGAUAUAUAAAUAUACGAUCUUCAUUUUAAUUUCUAACAUGAUUCAUAAGUUGUUCUAAACAUCACAAUACAACUUGCCCUCGAAACUCUUCUUCGAGAGGAGCAGCAUCAGGGACAAGACUAUAGUGGUCUGAGACAUAGGCGUGCCUACAGGGGGGGGCCAGGUGGGCCAUGGCCCCCCCUAAUGUAAUCACUCAGAUCGGCAUUUUCUCUAAUGCGUUCGUUAAUAUUCGUAUAUUCCUGACACUGUGACACUCAAACUGUGUUUCAUUGUUGCAGCGUGCUAACUAACAAUAUUUUUAAACAUUUGAUUGUUCUGGAAAUACAGCCGCCUUAGUUUAUUUAAAACAUGAGGUCCCUUAAAAUGGCCUAUAGCUUAUACUUGAAUUCGGUCAGUUUACCCGCGGGAAUGUUUAUUGCUCUCCUGCAUCUGUGACACAAAUGGGGGAAGUUAUCAACAUGUAUAAAUAGCCUCCAAUAUCGCUGUCAUAAAUACGUGCAGACUGCAGCCUAUGAAAAGUUAGAAUGCGAUUGUAGCCAAAACACAAGAUAAUCUUUCUUCUCUCUUUUUUUCAAUCUUUUUUCUUACUGGAUUUGAAAACUAUCUGUGGGAUUUCUAUCCGAUAUCCGUGAGAAAACUGAUCCAACCUGUCACGAUUGUUGUUUCAUUUAAAACAGUGACUUCUCCGACUUCGCCAGAUCAGGUCAAGCACAGUAGAAAAAGCUCGUGUGGUGUGCCUUUAAAAUGUUAAUAUGAAUGAGUGCUUUAUUUGCAGUGGUCCGUUAUUUUAGCGAUGGAUAGGUAUGUAUGUUUGAAUUUUCUAGUUUAGAUUAAACAAAUAUGUAUUCCUUAGUUUUCAACUACUUAACAAAAAUAUGCACCCAAGAAAAUCAAUUAUAAAAAAGUGCAAUUAUUUUCAUUCUUGUGUCGUGUGAGGAUCAUUUUAAAAAGUACGAAAUAAUGCUAGAAAAGUAUGUAAUUUUCUACCUACCAGGCACAUAUCAUAAACAUUUUUUGUAAGUGGUAAGAGAAUAAGACUUCCACCAAGAUGCUCCGAGUUCGAUUUCCGGCGGAAUCACUCCCAGCUUUUCGCACGUGAUAGGAAUCGCGCUAGGGUGAUGCGACAAGUAGGCCUGUAAAUAUGGACCAAGUUAUUGAAGAAUUCAAAAAAAUUGUAACCUUUGAGCGUCGAUUGUGUCUGUAAUUUAGAACUUUGAGUGAACGUGCUUAAAUUAGCAGCAAGUGUUGCCAGAUAAAUAAAAAUGCUUACCGGUUUGUUUAACUUACAAUUGUCCUGGAUAUCAUUAUAUUUCUGUUCAUUGGAAAACAACUUAAAAUUAUGAUAGAUGGUUCCAAGCUGUUGAGAGAAAUUUACCUUGACUUUUUUGCGUGUUCGUAACCCAAACUUUGGGUUAACUUGAACGUAAUUAAAUACAGUAGAAUGUUUCUAAAAAUUUAUUUUUGUAAUCAAAACUGUUCUCAAUUUGUUGAGUGUAUUAAAUUUAGUAAUUGAUUGAAAAAAAGAGGAUGCUUUGCAGGUUUUUAAUAUUUUGUGUUUGUGAUUGUAAUCAGAACUUUGAGAUAACGUUUGCGUAAACGUGAUUUCGUAGAAUUUAUUACCAUGUAAAUGAAAAUCUUUUGCAGGUUUGUUAAAAUGUUUGUUAUUAAUAAGAACUUUAUGUUAGUUUGAACAUAAUUAAGUGGAAUGUAUUACUAUGUAAAUAAGAAUAUUUUGCAGGUUUGUUAAAAUUUUUGUUGGUAAUCAGUGCUUUGAGUUAACUUGAAAAUACUUGAGUACUUAUAUCACCAACAUAAUUCAAAAUACUUUUUAUUGUUUUUAAAAUUUGAUGUAUUGAACAAUAAUUCAUUGUAAUACAAGGUCAGUUGAAAAUUCAAGCUAUUGUGGUUUAAAAAACAUGUACCUUUUGAGUGUCGUGUGUGUCAUCUAGACUUUUGAUUUAAUUUUUUACGAUAAUGUAGGUAUGUAUUUCAAAGCAAAAAAAAAGAGGUUUGUUAAAGUUCUGUUGUCUGAAUUGCUGUGUUUGCAUUCACUAAAAAUAUGUUCAUUUCAAGGUAUAUCUGGACCAAGCUAUUGGAAAAUUUGAGGGGUAAAAAUGUGUAAGUACCCUUUAAACAUUGUCUACGAAAAAAAAAAAAAAAAAAAAAAACAUAUUUUCAAGAUUGUUAAAAUUAUACGGAUAUAAAUAUUAACUAGUAAACAUAUCUCGUUGAUACUGCACAAAAAUAUAAACAAGUCAAUGAGUGAAUGUAUUUAGGCUAUUUAACAUUCUAAAUUCAGCUUCUGAUUUAAAAAUUUAGCAGGGGCCCCCCCUAAUGGAAAUGUCUAGGCACUCCUAUGGUCUGAGAGCAUCUUGCCCCCGAGCCACGGCCUUAGAACUACAGGUCUGGACACUUGUCUAUCUUGCAAUGCAUUCAACUUGACCCCCUUAUUGACUGAUUUAGUUCAUGAAACGGCCGCUGGCGCCACAAGACAGUGGUCCGGUUUUAGCGUGUUGACAAUAGGAAUUGUUUUAUAUAAAUCAGAAGUACUCGUUUGUUAAGAAGGUUAGUUGUUUUAUAUUUUUGACGUUUAUUAUUUAUAUUUAAAAAAGUUAUGUAUGCGCAUAAAACUGAACAUUGAAGUGUGCAAGUAUUGAGUAAUGUUGAUUUUUCUGUUUGUGGCGGGAUGGUGGAGAGGUUAUUGGAGGCAGUUUUUGAAGUAAUUUGAACCUUCUAAUUUUUUUAACCAAGUUCAAAUAAUUCGUGCUGUACAAUGCCAAAUCGCUGCGUUGCUCCAGGAGUCCAGGUUGUAAAACAAAUUACGACAGUUAAUUUGACAAGUGUCAUGUGUUCAGUGCACCCAAACAUGAACAACGCCGAUUGUUGUGGCAGGCAGCAAUUCCGAGGAAGGACUUUAUAUUAAAAAGCAGGGUAAAUCUGUAUUGUACGGAAUAGCGCCAAAAAAAAUCGUAAAAAUAUGAAAUAACUUUCAUUAUAUGCUAUCUUACGUCCUCUUUUCAGAACCGCCUGCGGAGAUUAAAAAUUCCAAUUACUUUUGGAGAUAUCGAAUUUUUUAAUAUUAAUUUUUUGGCGAUUUUUUUUAAAAAAAUUUUAAAAAUCCGAAAAUACCUUUAUUCUGUGCUCUUUAACUUCCUCUUUUCAUUAAACCCGGCGGAGAUCAGAAAUUCCAAAUACUUUAGGAGAUAUGGAAUUUUUUAAUUUUCGUGAUGUGCACUGAUGCGGAGUUCAGCCGGAAGCCUACGAUUCACACAUCCUUAUGGACAUACCCGAAUACUCACGUUGGCAAGCCUUCUUUUCUUAAAAUUAGCAAGAAGUAAUUAAAAAUACUUUAAAACACUGUGGAUGGUUGGUUAUAUUAGGUAAGUAUAGCUACAUUAAAAAAACUGUAAAAUCAUUUUAUGGUUGCUUAGCAAAUAACUUUUUAAUAUGUAGCUAUCCAGCGCUAGGUAACCCUUAACAUGAUUUCACAGUAUUUUUAAUGUAGCUAUCCUAACCAAAUCAACCAUCCACAAUGUUUUCAAGUAUUUAUAAUGUAGCUAACAUAACCUAAUUGACCAUUAGUUUUCAUGAGUUGCAUAUUUAUUUACAAUAAACAAAAAAACCCGAAGAUGCACGAUCGGGCGUUUGCCUCUCGUCUGUUGAAAGAAGGCUUGCCAACGUGAGUAUUCGGGUAUGUCCAGAAGGAUGAGUGAAUCGUAGGCUUCCCGCGUUCCACCAGUGUUGCUUGUUUACGAGUAUGAUUUUUUUUUUUUUUUUUUUUCGCGACGUAGUAGAACGACUACAUCACGUAAAAAGAAAAUUACGCUGCGCCCCGCCCGGGGUCUACCGCCCGCAGAGCAGCGGCAAGGGGAGAGCCGGCGGGGAGAAGAGGGACAGACAGGUCCGGCCGGCGGAGCCCGACCGCUGCACGCCCAGCGCCUUGCCGGUGCUCCGCACGCCGGUGUUGCGGAGGAAGGCGUGUGCAAGAGAAGAGCCGCAGGUCAGGACCGCCGGGCCCAAGGACAGCGGCGAUGAAGGCCAGGUCUCGCUACUGACCCUCAGGGUGCUCGCCCUGCAGCGCGACCUCGACGCUCUGCGCGACAGUCGGCAGAGCCUGGAGCAGGACCACGAGGCACGGCUGGCCGAGCUCAGGCAGCGGCACGGCGACACGGAAGCACGGCUGCAGGAGCAGCUCGCUCUCGCGGAAACUCGACUGGAACGAUCGCGGGAAGAGUGCGAGGACUUGAAGCUUGGUCUGUCGUUGCUCACGGAGCAGUGCGAACAACACGUGAUCGAGAAUGAUCAGUUGAAGUCCCGCAUACACAUUCUGGAGAAGGAGAGAGAAAGUAGUUUGGUAGGCAGUGGGGAACUGGAGAAACUGAAGCAAGUGAACUGUGCUCUCGCAGUUGAGCUGCAGGGGCUACAUAAGUGUGCCGGUGAGAUUCACGAACUACAGAGGGGGAGGAAGUUGCUGGAGCUGCAGAAGAGCGAGCUGGAGAAGAAAGUGUGUGGCAAGCAGGAGAUGAUACUGUCGCUCCAGAGCGAGCUGUCGUCCGCCGCCCUGGAGCUGGAGGAAGCCCGGCUGGAGAACGAGGAGCUCGAAGUGCAGUCUCGGCAGCACACGGCCUUGCUCGAUGAGUUCCAGGCGAGGCUGUGCCGAGAGCACGAAGCACAUCUGGCAUUCAGCAAGGUGACAGAAGAGAAACUAUUGACACUGCAGUUGGAAUUGCAGACACUGGUGGCAUCACAGAAGGACGCAGUGAAUUGUUUAAAGCGUGAGUAUGAUGAGGCCAUUAGCAAUUUUUUGGAAGAAACAAACUCCAUUAUCAAAAGCAAGGAAGGUACUGUAGAAAAUCUGAACCAAACAGUUCAGUCUAAUAGAAAAAUGCUUGAUGAUCUUCAGUGUUUAUUGCAUAACUUGGAAAGGGCCUAUGAAUGUGAAGUUAACUACAUGAAAGAAAGCCACAAGGAAGAAUUGUUGAAAGUUUUCUUUGAAAGCUCAUCCAUUUUACAGUCUAAAGAAAGCACUAUCAAAUUUCUCAAAGAAAUCCUGGUAAUACUUGAGGAAAGACUUGAAGGUCAAGACUGUAGAUUAUCUGACUUGAAUAGUAUUCAGGAAACUGAAAUUGUUGGAAAUUGUGACUUCAAGGAAAAUGAACACAAAGUGUCACUUCAGCAAAAUAAGAUGGCGAUAGAAACGGGACUUGCCGACACAGAUGUUUCGCUGGCCGAUGUGAUGAGAAAGCAUGAGGAAGUUGUGGAAUGUCUGUGCAAGGUAGACAUGGAGGAUGUUAACAAGAUGCUGCAGGAAAACGCUGGUGUGAUAGAGUGGAAGGAGUGCGUGAUCCGGGCUGUGAGGACGGCGGGCAGCCAGACGGAGCGGAUGCGAGCGGCUCUCGGGGCGAAGGAGGCGGAGCUGGGGGCUCUGCGGUCGAGCCUCAGACACGCGGAGGACGGGCUCUCGCGCAGGGAGCGGGAGUGUGAGGACCUGAGGAUCGCGAGCGUGGAGAGCAAGCUCACGGUGAUGGAGCUGCAGGACGAGCUGGGGCGGCUGGAGGUGUGUCGCAGGAACACGCACGCGUCGCUGGAGGCGGUCUCGGCCCGGCUGCUGGCCGCAGAGCGCGACCGGGGGGCCCUGGCCGGCGAGAACCAGCGGCUCCUGCUGGAAGUCCGUCGCCUGGCCGAGCAGCUGGAGAGGGAACAGCGCGGCAUGGACGAGCUGGAGCAGAGCGUGAAGGCAGACGUGGAGUGCGUGAAGUCGGACCUGCUGGCCAGGCUGGAAGAGCUGAGAAGCGUGGCCGCAGAGAGGGAGCAUGCGCUGCGUGUGGAAGUCCUGGAGAAGCAGCAGAUGGUUGAAACCUUGUCGGUGAGGCUGGAGGAUCUCCGGAGGAAGCUGGAGCUGGUGGAUGAAGACUCGCCGGGGCGUGAGGGCGAGACGGCGGCGGAGGAGCUGCGACGUCAGCUGUGCACGGACUGCGCUGCUCGGCCGGAGCAGGAGCCGUGCCUCAGGUGCAGAGAGUGGGAGCGCCGAGCCAGGCCGGGCAGGGAUCGACCGGCCGACUGCUUCGACCAGCUCCGGCCCCGGCCCAUCGAGCAGGACAAGGAGCCGGCCGUGCGGCGCGGCAAGGAGAACCAGCCCGGAGCGCCGCGCGGCAAGGAGAACCAGCCCGGAGCGCCGCGCCACUCUCUGCGCCCGGCCAACCGGCUCCUCUGACCGCAGCACUUCCUGCAUGCUCCACAAAUACAUCUUUUUUAAUAAA